CACCGACCGAGAUGGUACAGCGGGGUGCGAGCGAGAACGAGGCAGUCGGCGACGAGCAAGCGGGCCAGCCAGGCCAGCCAGCCGAGGAGCAGCUGCAGCCCCGCAAUAAUCAAUCGAGAGCGCGCCGCUGGAGGGAGGCCUCCCUGACAAAAGGAGCAUGGGCAAGAAGCACUCCAAGUUGGACCCGGAGGUGCUCGAGCGGCUCAAGAAGGAGACCUACUUUUCAGAAAAGGAAAUUAAAAAAUGGUACAAAGGUUUCGUGAAGGACUGUCCGACGGGAACUCUCACCGAAGAAGGAUUUGUCAACAUUUAUCGUCAAUUUUUCCCGCAAGGAGAUCCGACAAAGUUCGCCACGCUGGUUUUUCGUGUCUUUGAUGAAAACCAAGACGGCUCAAUAGAGUUUGCAGAGUUCCUGAGAGCAAUGUCCGUUACCUCAAGAGGAGACAUAGACGAAAAGUUACAUUGGGCCUUUAAGCUGUACGACUUGGACAAUGAUGGUUUCAUCACAAGAGACGAAAUGUACAACAUCGUGGACGCGAUAUACAGAAUGGCGGGCACCACCCUGUCAGAGGAGAGUGGCGAGGGUGCUCGAGAGAAGGCGGAUCGCAUUUUCUCGAGCAUGGACGUGAACCACGACGAGCAACUGACGAUGGAGGAGUUUCGCGAGGGCAGCAAAAACGACCCGCAAAUCGUGAACGCGCUCAGUUUCGGCCCAAUUUGAGCUUCAGGUCAAAUCGAAAGAAUUAAAAAAUGCCUCAUCCAUUUUCUCAUUGUUGAACAUACUUACAAUUAAGUACACGCGCGCUUUUUUGCAAAUUCAAAUAAUAAAACGGUGUUGUAAAAAUUAUAAUAAAAUAAAAAUGCUUUACAAAAAAUAAAAAAAAAACAGUUCAAAACGCUAUGGAAAAUUAAUACGAAAAGAAGACGAGGAUGGAAAAUAUUAUAAAAAGAUGUUUCUCAAAGUUCAAAUUUCGUAACGUAAUGUUAACAUUUGACAUUUGUGUAGACUUAUUAAAUAAAUUGUUGAAAGUUCAAGUUCGUGCAUUU